CACCAGCAUCGACGAUGGGCCAAGCGGUUUUCCAGAGCAGAGAGUGAAGCUACUUCAUGUUGAACCGAAGAUAGUGACCGCUAUUAGAGGAUUUGCAGAUAUAUCGAACCCAAUCGAGGAAUUUUGCAACUAUUAUCGAGAAAGUCGACUGCUUCAAGUCUGAACACGACGACACCGACUCUCGAAUUUGGAAGAACGAAACUACCCCACCAGAGCGGAAAGAGGGGUGUUUGACAGAAAUCUCAGAUCUCGCAACUAUUUUCAUAUAGGAUUGCUCAUUUGAUUCCAUACCAUAAUGGCGAGAGAAAGCGACGCACCUAAGGUGCCCCUUACUCCUCAACGACCAAACGAGCAGCACCGAAGACCCCUACCACAACACCCAGAGUUUGGGAAACCUUCUCCUCUUCGUCCUGCUAAUACCCAAGCGAAUCACUUGUUCAAUAUCCCCAAAUCAAACCAGACUCGGCCAGAACACCAUAGACCUGCCGCGCGGCCAAAUCCGCAAACUGCUUCACAGCCUAGUACCGCCACCCAGGCUUACCGACCGCAGCCUACCUCCAACGCCGCAAGCACCCCUGCUUCGUCUUUCAAAAGACGUGAUCCAUACAACCCUUUCAAACCGGUCCAACCUUCAGCCUAUAAGAGCCUUCGAGACGACGAUGUGGUCGAGAUUGCGCGCCCGGAAAACACCUUGUGGACGACCCCACGGGCUCCUAGGACCCUCUACUCGUCGAAACCAGCUCCUAUUCCUAUGGCAAGUUCAACUAAAAACUUGAAUGCCUUCAUACAGAUGACGAGCACCGAACCGUCCUUUUCGACGAGUUCUCGGCAGCCGAACCAGCGCUUUGGGUCAUUUGAUGCCAAUACCUAUGUCGACACGGAAAAGGCAAAUGAGAAUAUUAAAGCUCUGCUUGAAGGUGCUUUCGACGAGGAGGAUGAAAGUCAGGAGGUGAAGCCCAAGCGAAAGAGGGGAAAGAGAUCCAAGAAGAACAAGAAGGGGAAGAAGAAAAGUCCAGAGAAGACUACACCUGAGGUCGAUGACUUGGAUGACUUGGCUGCUCAAUUACAAGGGUUCACCGUCAAAGACGAAACGGCGACCGAUGCAAAGGAAACAGACGACCAGGCCGAAAAAAAUGCUCCUGAAGAAGAGGAGACCGAAGCCCCAGAGGUAAAUAAUGCCAGCGGCGAUGAUGGCUCCGAAGACGACUCUGCAGAUGAAGAAGAUGACGAUGGAACAGUCGAAGGGCUGAGUGUCAAACUACUUCCUCAUCAAAUUGCCGGAGUCAAGUGGAUGCGGGAGAAAGAACGAGGACAGACUAAGAGCAAGGGCAUAGCUCCAAAAGGCGGCAUUCUUGCAGAUGACAUGGGUCUCGGAAAGACGGUUCAGGCCAUCGCCCUGCUUUUAACUAACCCAAAGCCUACCGAGGAGAAUGAUGAUGAUGACGGAGAGAACGACGAAAAGCCAGAAUUACCGGCUGGACUUAGCAAAACCACUUUGGUUGUUGCCCCCCUGGCUUUAAUCAAGCAGUGGGAAGCCGAAAUCGCUUCUAAAGUUGAACAUUCUCACAGGCUUCGAGUCUGCGUUUACCAUGGUGCUUCGCGGGCCAAGUCUAAUGAUGAUCUCGACGAAUACGAUGUGGUUAUCACUACUUAUGGUACUCUUACCUCUGAGCACGGGGCUUCAGGCAAGGGAAACAAAAAGUCGGCUUUGUUUCCCGUCCACUGGUACCGGAUCAUCCUCGAUGAAGCGCACACAAUCAAGAACCGCAACGCAAAGGCAACGCAGGCUGCUUGUGCUUUAGAUGCAGAGUACCGCUGGUGCCUGAGUGGCACGCCGAUGCAGAACAACCUGGAUGAACUACAGAGUUUGAUUAAGUUCCUACGGAUCAAGCCGUACAAUGAUCUGGCUGCGUGGAGGGAACAGAUCACCAAGCCUUUGGCAAAUGGACUGGGUGGCCUUGCCAUUGAGCGCCUGCAGGUCUACCUCAAGGCUUUUAUGAAACGACGAACCAAGGAUGUCCUCAAACUGAAUGAGAAGUCGAAGCCAGGUGAAGAGGGCGCCGAAGGCGAGACGAAGAAGUCAUCCAAUGGCUUCCAGAUCGUCAAGAGAGAGGUCAUCAAUGUCGAUGCUGAAUUUACUCCUGCGGAGAUGAACUUUUAUAAGCGCUUGGAGCAACGUACCGAAAAUCGCCUUGAAAAAAUGAUGGGUGGUUCGAAACUCGACUAUGCAGGCGCCUUAGUUCUUCUACUCCGUCUGCGCCAAGCCUGCAACCAUCCAGACCUUGUCAAGAGUGAUCUUGCCAACGACAAGGAUGUGCUCUUGCAAAACGGUCUCACAGGAAGUCAACCCACAGCCAGCAAGAAGGACGAUCUUGAUAGUGUCGCGGACCUAUUCGGUGCCCUCAGUGUUGUCUCUAAGAAGUGCGAUGUUUGUCAGGCUGAGUUGAGUCCAGAAGAAGGCAAAGCGGGCACUAGCAGAUGUGGCGAGUGCGAAGCCGAUCUGGCUGACAGCUUUAUCGGUCAUGAAAAGAAAGACAAGAAGAAGAAGAUGAAGAAAAAGAAGACAAAACACACGGACGGGAAUGCUUCACCGUCGGGCCGGACUUCAGAGGCCCGGGUGGCUCGAGCACGGCAAAACCGACGGGUGGUUCUUGAUAGCGAUGACGAAGACGAUGCCGAGUGGAUUGUGCCGGAAGACCAGCGUUCGGUCCCGAAUCUUGGGCAAGCAGGCGGCACAGACGAUGAAGAUGCUGAAGGUGGUGGGGAUUGGCUAGGUUCUGAAGAUUCCGAGACCGACGAAGACGAAGACGAAUCGCAGUCUCUCGAUACCGAUGACGACGUCAACGAAGAAGAAGAUAUAUACCUUGAUGGGGAGAACGGGACGCAGCUCCUUGCGUCCACAAAGAUCAAACAUCUGAUGACGGUUCUGAAACGCGAGGCAUUCGACUACAAGUUCAUUGUGUUUUCCGUGUUCACAUCGAUGCUCGACAAAAUCGAACCGUUCCUGAAAAAGGCGGGGAUCGGGUAUGCACGGUACGACGGAAGUAUGCGAAAUGACCAUCGCGAAGCCAGCCUUGACAAACUACGCAACCACGGGGCUACACGAGUUCUGCUGUGCAGUCUACGUGCCGGUGCUCUGGGACUGAACCUCACUGCGGCGAGCCGGGUUGUGAUCCUGGAGCCCUUCUGGAAUCCUUUCGUCGAAGAACAGGCAAUCGAUCGUGUCCAUCGACUGAACCAAACGGUGGAUGUGAAGAUCUACAAGAUGAUUAUCAAGGAGACAGUGGAGGAACGGAUUGUCGAUCUGCAAAACCGCAAGCGGGAGCUCGCCAACAUGACGAUCGAGGGCAAGACGGCCGCCGCCAAGCUGACCAUGCGCGACAUGAUGGCGCUGUUCGGUCGGGACGCUGAGUCUCGCUAUACCGCCAAGCAGGAGGACCUCGACCUCACUUCCAAGGCGUCGAAGGCCACAACGCGACUGCUCGGCUCUGCCACAGACAACCAUGGGACUCCCAUGAAGAGUGGCAGCCAAAGCAGCAGCUCCCGGGAGCGAAGCCGCCCCGAACACGGGCACCGACCUCCUCCUCGAGCCGAGGAUUCGGUAUAUGGUCGGCGAUGGUGAUUUGUUUAAAUUUCUUUUUGCAGUUUUUUUCUUGUUUGAGGGAUAAUUUCGGUUUAACGG